UCAUGAAAACGUGCAGUAGGCCAGAACAAAAUGAGUUCCCAAAAUACCCUUGCAGUCUUGAUUUUCUGUUUCCUGCUUUUAUCAAAAGAAGGAAUCCUUUGCAGUGCUCUCAACAGAAAUUCAUUCCCAAAUGAAUUCCAAUUUGGUUUCAGUACAUCUGCAUUUCAGGUGGAAGGAGCAGCUCUUGAAGAUGGGAGGGGUGUAAGCAUCUGGGAUACUUUCUGUUCCCUUCCUGGGAAGAUAUUGGGUGGAGGAAAUGGAGACGUAGCAGCUGAUGUGUAUCAUCGAUACAAGGAAGAUGUUCAAAUUCUCAAGAACUUGGGGACAGAUCUAUACAGGUUUUCAAUAUCUUGGCCAAGGAUAUUUCCAGGAGGAUCUACGAGGCAUGGAGCUGUGAACCUGAAAGGCGUACAAUACUACAAUAAUCUCAUAAAUGAGUUGAUAAAAAAUGGGAUUGAACCAUGUGCAACUAUUUUCCACUGGGAUGUACCACAAGUUCUUGAAGAUGAAUAUGGAGGAUUCAGAAGCAAGAGAAUUCUGGACGACUACAGUGAAUUUGCCGAGUUCUGUUUUAAGGCGUUUGGUGACAGGGUGAAAAUGUGGGUGACUAUAAAUGAACCUUCAAUCUUCUCUACUCAUGGCUAUGAAAAUGGGAUCAAUGCGCCGGGCAGAUGCUCGCCUCCAUCCUGUCCCGCUGGUGACUCUUCCAGGGAGCCAUACAUUGUCGCUCACAAUCUCCUACUUGCGCACUCCCGUGCGGUCAAGAUUUACCGAUCCAAAUAUCAAAAAAACCAAAAGGGGAGAAUUGGCAUCUCAGUACACUCAGAUUGGUAUAUGCCACUUUCUUCUUCAAAAGCAGACGUCGACGCAACUCAACGGGUUUUGGACAAUACAUUAGGCCUAUAUUUAGACCCAGUCGUCUUCGGUGACUACCCAUCGUCGGUGAAAAAAUUGGUCGGAAAUCGGUUACCUAUUUUUACAGAACAAGAAUCCAAUGAUAUUAAGGGCUCUUCCGACUUCAUUGGAAUGAAUCAUUACAUAACAAUGUAUGUGAUGGAUAAUUCCACUGCGGUUCCUGCCCCGCCAAUGGACGGUCCCACCCAAGAUGAGCCCGACAGCCCAGAAGUUCAAGAUACCUUUGCUAUUACCACAAGUGAGAAAGAUGGUGUUGCCAUUGGACCCAGUGAAGGAGGAGUAAGCUACUGGAGAUCUUAUCCAUUUGGAAUUAAGCUUCUAUUGGAUUAUAUCAAAGUUAAAUACGAAAAUCCGCCCGUUUAUAUUACUGAGAUAGGUUAUGUAAAUCUAGAUGACGGCCAGCCAUUGGAAGAAAUCCUUCAAGACACCGACAGGAUCCAAUUCAUCAAAGAUACACUAAAUUACACACUGCAAGCAAUGAGCGAGGGAGCGGACAUUAGAGGCUAUCUUUUGUGGUCUUACAUUGACAAUUUCGAGUGGGACAAUGGCUAUUCGUUUCGCCUUGGCCUUUACUAUGUCAAUUACACUAAUAAUGAUCAGCGACGGAUCCCAAAAGCAUCUGCAACUUGGUUUAGAGAAGCAAUGAAUACAGAUUUGAUGAGUGGGGCCCGCCGAUUUGGGAAAUCAGCGUAUUGAAGUAGGUCUUCUUCAACAACAUUCAUCUGAUGGGCCAUUUUUGAUACAGAAGCACUUGUAUGUAUGCUCUGAUACAACUUUUGUGUAAUGGUGAUUGAUUAUGAUGAUAUAAUGAUAAUGUCUCCGUAGAAAGCAUGGAUAUAAAAUCACUUGAAUAGGCAAUGACAAUGACAUGCAAGCAUUGCUAGAUAGCCCAUAUCUAGCACCUUCAAUGUACACAUGGCAAUCAUCUCAGCUGAUCAGAACCGUUGAUCUGGUAGCCAAUGUGUAUAGGCCAAAACCCAAAUGGCAGUUCAUCAAUUACUGUA